UUCUCAAUGGACGAAACAUACAAAGAAGUGUGCAGUGAAAAAUGAUAAAGUGAAUUCAGAUUGGUUUCCUUCCAUUGUUAAAAUAUAUGUAAAUUAACCAAUUUGGAAAGCAUCGUUGAUGAAGGACUACAUACUAUCGUGCUAUAUCCUGAAUAGGGUGCUCUGCAAAUACUUAGGCAAAAAUAAAAGUGGAUCCAGAAAUUUUGCAAAUUUUCAAGCAAAAUUCAUUUGGGACUAAUUCAUAACUAGGUGACCACGUUACAAAAACUAGCAAUGAUGGAUCAUUUCGGGCUCCUCAGUAAGCGCCCCUCGUACUCUGCGAACAUUGACGCAAAAGCUCUUUUGAAAUCGUCACCAAACAUUUUAGAAAAUUUUUGUUACGAGGAUCUGAAAAAUCUCCGUAUCAUGGCGUCGGAAGCUAGAAGUGGGCGUCCGCUAUCUCCCAAAUUCUCUGAAACAAUUGAAAAUAAUCUGUUCAUGAGAAAAGUGAUACCGUCACCAACUCGGAGCCGAAACUCUCCCAAAGUCAAUGAGGACAACAUACGGCGCAGUUUAGAAGAAAUUUCGCGUGAAAUAAAGGACAUCGAGGAUUUCAUUACGGUAACUGAAAAUAUUAUUAGAAGUGAACGGGAGCGUGAUCGUGAGUUAUAUGCCCGGGAACGACGACGUAAGGCAGAUGAAAAGCGCGGCAAGAUCUCCGAUGAAGAUCGCAUAAUAAUUAAUAAUAAAGAAAAUAAGGCUCCAACAGCAAUUAAGCAAAGUCCUGUGUUGUCGCGGAAAAAUUCGCAGAAAUCCCCUUCUUUCAAAAUCAACUCAUACAAAGUUAAGAAGGCCAAGCCGGGAAGUCCGAAGUUUCUGAAAUCAAAACUAUACUUUCGGAACGGAAAAAUAGGAUGUGCAGACGCAGAGCAGAGUAGCACCUCCAACAUUGAAAGUACCCAUGCAUUGAUUAAACAUAUUCUCAAAUAUGAAAAUGAAAAACCUUUAGUUAGUCUGGAAAGUGUGGAAAAGGUUUUAUCCCAAGAACCUGAGGAACAAGUAGGCCGCGCAAUUGAAAAUGGACAUGCUUCGGAAUCCAAUGCAAACGAGAAGGGCUCACUUGAUUUACCUGAUCUUGUGCCGAGCCCAGCCAGAACCAACGAGGAGGGAAUAAAUGGUAAUAAUGCGAAAUAUAUUGAUUUAGAAUUCAGUGGAUCGCCCGAAGUGACCAAUGAAGACCCUCAGCAACAGGCUCGUAAGGAUUCGUUGCAAAACCGAAUCAUCGACAAAACGGAAAAUGUGGAGGAAGAGAUGAACACACAAGAAAUUGAAAACUUAGAUAAUGAGGAACAAAAGUUUGUUCGAGAGCAGGUACACCAUCUGGUUCGGCGCUUUACAGCUCGCACAAAUAAAAUGCGUUCCAGAAUAGAAAUGCCACCAACACCCUCAAGUAGCAGCUCACCUUCACCGCCGCCACCGCACCAGUCCAUUGAAGCCCUGAAAAUUGACACAUUGGACACCAAGGUUUCCACCCGCAAUAUAUUCCAGGCAGACAAUCAAUCGAUUCGAACUCCAGGAAAGUUUGUCUGUCCAACAUUUUGCGGUGGUGGCAGAAACGACGAUGUCCUCGAUCCUCAAGGGAAAGUGUACAUCUAUUGGCUUUGCGUGGUUUCACUAUCGUUUCUUUAUAAUGCGUGGGUGAUACCACUAAGAUCAUCUUUUCCUUUCCAAACUGAGGAGAAUCAGGACAUUUGGCUUGCUUUAGACACGUGUGCUGAUCUAAUUUAUUUGUUCGACGUUUUAUUUUUUAAGCAUCGCGUCAUGUAUCUUUUUGAAGGAUUUUGGGUGAAGGACAGAAAGUUGACAAGGAAGAACUAUAUGAGGAAGUUGCAGUUCAAACUCGACAUAAUCUCAAUGAUCCCUCUCGAUCUUCUGUAUUUGAAGUAUGGACGACAGGCUGUGUAUUUUCGUUUCCCCAGACUAUUGAAAAUACAGACAUUUUGGGAAGUUUUCAAACUGAUCGAUAGAGUGAUGGCAUCGCCCCAUUUUGUUCGCGUCGCUAAAACCAUGACCUACAUGCUGUACAUGAUCCACCUUACUGCUUGUGCUUACUACGCCUACAGUGCAUACCAAGGUCUUGGAACGAAUCGGUGGGUGUUCAGUGGCAAAGGUCAUCCUUACGUAAGAUGUUUUGCAUUCGCAACGAAAACUGCAACGUCUAUUGGUAAAAACCCCAAACCCGAAAAAGAAGGUGAAUUGGUUUUUAUGACUUCCGCAUGGCUAAUGGGAGUUUUCGUUUUCGCAUUGCUAAUUGGUCAAAUUCGAGAUAUUAUCAGCACAGCAACACGAACGCAAUCCGAGUAUCGACAGCUGGAAGAUGAAACCUUGGAGUACAUGAGACGGCAGAAUCUACCUAUCAACUUGCAGCGUCGGGUCAAAGGAUGGUUUAAAUUCACAUGGGAUCAGCAAAGGACCUUAGAUGAAAGCCAUAUUUUGGACUCUCUGCCCGCUAAUCUGAAAACCGACAUAGCUCUUUCCGUUCACAUCCAAACUUUAUCCAAAGUUCAACUUUUCGCUGACUGUGAAGAUGCCCUACUCCGGGAAUUGGUGCUGAAAUUAAGAUCGGUAACUUUUUUGGCAGGUGAUUAUGUUUGCCGUAAAGGAGAAGUAGGCAAAGAGAUGUACAUCAUCAAAUUGGGUCAAGUGCAAGUUAUGGGAGGACCAAAUAAUGAUGAAGUUUUGGCAACAUUAUGUGAAGGGUCAGUUUUCGGAGAGAUCAGUUUAUUGGCUAUAAAUGGAGCUGAAGGGAAUCGGCGCACAGCUGAUGUUCGAUCGAGAGGCUUCUCAAACCUCUUUGUCCUUUCGAAAUCUGACCUGAACGAGGCCAUAGUAUACUAUCCUAAUGCUCAAGCUAUUUUGAAAAAGCGCGCCAGGAGCCUAAUGCGUAAAAAUGCUGCCCGCGAACGUGAAGAAGCUCGCAGGAAUGCAUCCAGAGAAGCUGAUGUGGUUAUAGGAAAUCCAACACGGCCUAAUACACCUCCGAAGCUUCUUAAAACUGUCAUUCAAGCCCUACCGGAAGAAUCUCCGGCUGCUAUGCUGCUCACACGGGGCUCUAAACGUAACAAGAAACGUCGGGAAACGUUAACAGAUACGGAAGAGUCAAAAAACGAGGAUUCACUUAGAGGCUCAAAAAACGAGAUGAUAGCUCAACAAACGAAGUGUACCGUAGAAAAUGAAAGAAGAGCACUUUCGCCUGAUCUUCUUUCUUCUAUUGAGGAUGAACUUAAAAAUCAGAAUAAAUUGAUUAAUUUAACUGAUUCGGAGAAGGCGUUGAUAAUGUCAACAAAUGAUCCGAAUGAGCACCAAAGUAGCACUUCAAAUGCAAACUUGCCAAAAAACUAGAAAUUUAAGCCAUACAGAAAAUGUCUGGAUUUGAAAUUGUACUACUUUUGACAAAUGUAUACCCGUGUGUAUUAGACAAAUACUAAAAUACUAUUAGUACGCUACAUAAUAAUGUCAUGAUUGUGAUACUUUCCGAAAUUUAAUUCGAAAUAAAGAGUGAAACUACUGAACAACA